AUGAUAACCCAUCACCCAUCCCUGCUCCGCCUCCGCGCACCCCUCCCCGCCGGCCUCCGCCACGGGACUUCACACGCCUUGCUUUUCACCGCGGCCGCCUACUCUCCUCCUCCGCCGCCCCUCCGCCUGCUACCUCUGCGCGUCGCCGCUGGAGGAGCCUCACCGGUAGGUCCUGAUGGAGGCAAUCGCGCGACGCCUCCCCCGCUCGGAGCCGCGGCGCUCGACUUCGCGCGGAGCAACUUCCUCCCGCUAGCUCUAAUUGGUGGGAUGACUUUGGGACUCCUGGAUCCAACUCUUGGUUGCCUUGCUCACAAAUAUUCCCUGUCAAAAUACAGCACUUUUGGGAUAUUCAUUAUAUCAGUAAUGGCUUUCUCUUGCAUAGGGCUGACUCUGCGCACUAAGGAGCUUGGCGCAGCGUUACAAGCUUGGCCUGCUGGACUCUUUGGACUAGGCUCAAUUCUGUUGUUCACACCUUUUCUUGCACAAUUUCUUGUGCAAAUUCAGUUCUUCCCUCGUGAAUUUAUUACUGGGUUGGCUAUGUUUUGUUGCAUGCCAACAACAUUAUCAAGUGGAGUCACACUAACACAGCUUGCUGGCGGCAACUCCGCACUUGCUCUUGCAAUGACAGUCAUAUCCAAUCUACUGGGCAUUAUGUUUGUACCUUUGUCUCUUGCAAAGUACAUUGGCACUGGAGCUGGAGUGUCUUUGCCUACUAAGGAAUUAUUCAGAAGCCUGGUCAACACUCUUUUAAUCCCCCUUAUUUUAGGCAAGGUUGCCCGAGAAACCUCAAAAGGUAUUGCUGAAUUUGUUGAUGGAAAUCGCCAGGGCUUUUCAGUUUUAAGUGCUGUUCUUCUCAGCCUAGUCCCAUGGAUACAAGUAAGUAGAUCAAGAUCGCUGCUAUUGUCCGUUAAACCAAAAGCUUUCGCUGUUAUUGUGACUAUUGGAGUGCUUCUACAUCUUGCUCUGCUGGCAUUCAAUGCUACAACACUGCAGGUCUUGUCAUGUCUUAAACAGAAGGAAGAGUCAGUCUUUGCGAGAAAAGAGUAUGCACGAGCUGUCAUUUUGGUGGCCAGUCAGAAAACAUUGCCAGUGCUGGUUGCUGUGGUUGAGCAGCUUGGAGGUGCUCUUGGGGAGUCUGGACUUCUGGUCAUCCCAUGUGUUGCUGCGCACAUUAAUCAGGUUAGAGCUGGGGCUUGUGGAGACUGGAAGGCCUUUGCUCUGGCCCUCCAUUGGAUGAACAGAAAUUUCCUACGCCAAAGAUGUUGCUCUAAUUCGAGUUGGGGACCCACGGUACUCGCACUGUGCUGA